AUGUCAUAAAGGAUGGAUAUCAGUCUCAUUUUUUUAAGAGAAAUUAGUAAAGAUCUAAAGUCAAUUAAAUCUUCAGUUGAUUAAAUACUUUAAAGUGUUAAAGGAAUAGAAGAUGAUGUAAGAAGGUUAAGUGGUAAAAAUUAUAUUGAAUUAUUAUAAAUUAGAAAAGAAAAAAUAUUGAAAUAAAAAUAGGAAGCAGAAUUAGAUUAAGUUCAUAUCUAGAUUGCCAAUUAAGAAUAUGACCCUAUAACAGGAAAAAAGAAAGAAAGUAUAAAUGGAGUAUUUACUUCAUAUUUAUUGAAAUCAAAAUAUAAUAAUUUUUAAGGAGAAAUUAAUGAAUUUUUAUGGUGUGAGAGUGAAAGCUAAAAAGAUGUUGUGCUACUAAAAGGAAAAGCAGGUUCAGGCAAAAAGCAGAGCAUCUAGAAAUAUAGAAGAAUUUCUUUGGUUGAAUGACACUAUAUUUCCUUAAUGGAUUCCAAUUUAUGUUUCAUUACCAUCUUUGAAAGAUCCAACGCAUAAUUUAUUAGAAUAAGCUUUAGAAUCUUAAAAUUAUAAUUUUGAUAAGAUAUAAAUUAGAGAAUUUAAAGAAGCUUUAUUUAAUGGAAAUCUGAAAGUUAUUUUUAUUUUAGAGAGUUACGAUGAGAUGAAAUUAGAAUGUAUUUAAUCUAAUUUAUAUUAAACAAAUAAAUUGGCAUAAGAUUUAAAUCUUCAAAUUCCAGGAUAAAAUGUAAAAUUUAUCAUAACUACAAGAGAAGAAAUUUUAACUUCAAUUGGAUAUCAAACAUGGUUUUAUGGUAAGAGUAUUGAAACUUUAAAAGAAGUGGAAAUCCUACCAUUUACAUAAGAACAAAGCUCAGAAUACAUGAGGUAAUAUUGUGAAGUUAGCGUUAAAAGAGCUAUCAAAAGAUUUUAUGAGUUUUUUAAAUAAUUAAGGGGGUAAACUAUAUCUAUCAAUGAAUUUAAGUUAAUAUGGAAUCCUUUAGAAGAAUAUAUUAGCACAAUAAUUAAUUAAAAAUAAAAUUAGGAUUUUUUAUUCAAUAACCAAAAAUGUAGAUCAAAUUAUAAUAAAACUAUAAGCAAUUGAAUUUUUUAAUCAUAUACGAACAGAUUAAAUGAUCUCAUUGAAAAAAGAGCUUCUUAAAUUAUGGUGUUAAUAAAAAUUUAUAACAGUUAUUAAAAAUGUGAAUAUAAAUCACUUCAUGAGUACUCCAUUUAUGAUGGAAUUGAUUGUCUAUAUGCUACCUAAAUUGUCUUUGAUAUUUUCAGAGUCCAAAUAUUUAAGAGACACCUUAAAAAAAAUAAUAUUUAAAGUUAAAAAAAGAAGAUAAUUUGUAAUGCUAAUUAAGAAAUUAUUAUAAGUCUUACAAAUAAUCUACAGAAAUUUAGUUAGAAACCUUGGAUAUCAUUGAAUUAUAAUAAUAAUAGGUAGAAUCAUAAAAUUUUUUAGUAUAAUUUUAGGCUUUAGAAAAUGAAUUAGAUAAUUAACAUUUUUUUGAAAAUUUUUCAAUGGAUCAUUCUAUUGAAUUUUAUGGAAUUAAUAAAAUAAUUACAAGACAAGUAUUUAAUGUAACGAAAGAUGCAAAUUUUAUUGUUGGAGCAUUUAAGCUUAAUUAAUUUACUGCAUAUGACUUUUAUGAAACAUUUGUAUCAUUUUACCAUAUUCGACAACUUUAAAAUUAGAAGGAAUUAGGGAAAACUUUUAAUUAUGAAACAACUUUAAAUGAUUUGCAAGAUUUUUCUUUAUAUUUAGCUCUUGAUAUGACUACAAAUUAACUUACCUAAGUAAAUUAUAAAUAAAAAGGAAAAUUAUAGUUAGCACUACUUUGAUGAAAAUUAAUCUAAUUCUGAAUAUUGUAAUUUCCUAAAAAAAUGUAUUUUACUAAGCUCAAAAGGAAGCAUAUAUACUUUUAAUCAUAAAUCAAUCUAGGAAUUUUUUGUAGCUAAAUAUAUUUUAAAUUUACUUUAAGCAAUGUUUCAAGAAUAAGAUGAAUCGAUUGUACGUAGAAAUUUUUACAACAGUCGAUUUAAUGCAAAUUAAUUUAACAUAUCUAAAGAUCACUAUUCAGGUUCAAUAGAAUUAUUAAAGCCCAAAUUGAAUUCUAUUUUUAAUAUUAAGAACAAACUACUUUAAAUUACUCAAUUAUCCAAAUAACACAACCAAUAAGAAUUAAUUAGAACAGAAUCAAACACAAUAUAUCUAUUAAGUACUUUAUAAGAAAAUUUAAGUAAAAUAGAUUUAAGUAAUGUUAUUCUAUCUGAUACAAAAUUGAAUAAUCUUACUUUUUUUAAUUCUAAUUUAAACAAUACUAAAUUCAAGAAUAUAUCAAUAGAAUCAUGCAAUUUUAAUUGCGCAACAAUUGAAGAUUCUUAAUGGGAAAAUAUAAUUUGUAAAGAAAAAUAAACAUUAAUUGGUCAUAAAAAAUUAAUAACCAGUUUAUUUUUCUCAAAAGAUGGAAAGGAAUUAAUAUCAGGGAGUGAAGAUGGUACAAUUCAUAUUUGGAAAGUAUAAGGGGAUGAAAAAACAAAAACUUUUUAAUUUCCAAAAGAUUAAGAAAUCAUUUCUGCUUCAUAUUCUGAAGAAUAAAAUAUUCUUGGCAUGUUUAACUACAUAAUCCAUCUAACUAUUAAAAUUAGAUGACCCUUUUGUCUUGGAGAAAUUAGUUCCUCUAUAAAAUUAUAAAUAUUUAAACAUUAAAAUAUCUCAUGAUGGACAAUAUAUUGCUGCAUAAAAUAAUGACUCUGCCAAUUUUAUAUGGAAAAGAGAAGCCUUACAAAUAAAUCCCAACUCCUAAAAUUAUUAAUUAAAAUUUUCAUCAACAAUAAGGUGCACUUAAGUUUCACAUAAUUCUAAAUUAUUAGCUAUAUGUGGUUCAGAUAUCGUAAUUUUAUCAAUUAGAGGAUUUAAAGAUUAUCAAGAAAUUACAAAAUUACUAUUUAAACCUUAUUCAUUAGCGUUUUCUAAUGAUGAUUAAGUAUUAGCUGCAUAGGUAGAUCAAGAUAUAAUUAAUUUUUGGAGUUUGAAAAAAAUCAAUAAUGUUGAGCUUCUGAUAUCAAUAUCAGUAAAAGGUACUGUUAAUAAACUGCUGUAUUCUUAUGAUAAUAAAUAUUUGCUUUGCAGAACCAAUUAUAAAAUUUACCUAUAUGAAACAACAAAGGAAUAGUAUGCAUUAGAAAGUGGUAAAAAAUAAGUUUUUCUGAAUUUGCAAACCCUUAUUUUGAUCUUGUAAAGAAUUCUAAUUAUAUUGCAAUUUGUACUCCUUAUGGGACCCUUAUAAAAUAAUUAGACAAUAAUUAAACAAUACAAACAUUGGAGGAGUAAUAGACCUGUCAUUCAGUUUUAUAUAAUUAAUUGGAUGAUUUAUUGA